CCCCACUUAUAGUCACCCUCUCACAGAAAGCUCUUCCUCAUCACCAGCAUAUAUUCAACACUGUUAAACCAACCGCGAUACAAAAAUGUUGCCAACCCCGGAUACUUCUCACGUCCCAUAUGAGCGAGUCUACGAGCCAGCAGAAGACUCAUUCCUCCUCCUCGACACAUUCUCAUCAGAAAGCGAAAAGACAUGGCUUCGAGAACACUUUAGACCUGAUACCAAUGCCCCGCCUCCUCUAGUGCUCGAAAUCGGCACCGGAUCUGGAGUUGUGAUUGGCUUUGUCAAUGCGCACGCCGAUACUCUUUUUGGAACCAGAAGGGUUCUGACAGCAGGCGUGGACAUGAACGCGUAUGCAUGCAGGGCUACCGUGGGCACCGCAAAGAGAGCCAUCGAAGACAACCCGACAACACAUGGCAUGUAUCUCGGCUCAAGUAUGGGCGAUCUCGCCUCUUGCUUUCGACCGCAUGCUGUCGACGUGUUAAUAUUUAACCCACCAUACGUACCAACGCCUGAUAUGCCGGUAAAGCCGGAUCAGUUCCUCGCUGAAGUCCCAGAGAAGGAUGCCGAGGAUCCGUCAUUUGACGACGACUCAUACCUACUUGCGCUGUCUUACGCCGGAGGCCAUGACGGCAUGGAGACUACAGACCGCUUAAUAUCUCAAAUACCAGAUAUCCUUUCAGAAAGAGGCUGCGCAUAUCUGCUGCUAUGUGCGCAAAACAAGCCACAGGAAGUAAAGCAAAAGAUCGCGCAACUAGAGGGCGGUUGGCGAACAGAAAUGGUGGGCUCAAGCGGCAAGACUGCCGGAUGGGAGAAACUACAAGUACUUCGUAUAUGGAGGGACAAGAGCGGUGCAUAGAUUAGAAACAGGAAACA